AGCUAGAAUUUCUUUGGUUUCUUUGGUUUUUCUGUUAAAAAAAUACAAAAUUGCAAAAAUGGUCCCUAUGGUAUGCAUUUUUUGGGGGUUUUGGUCCAAACCACGAGUUUUUUGGUUUUGUGGUCCUUUUGGACUGGUUUGUUUGUGAGAAUGGUCCCUAUACUUAACAUCCGUUAAAAAGAAUCCAUUAACCCCCUCAUGUGCCUUGCACGUGAGGGUAUUUCUAUCUUUUUACUUACAGUGUCAACGUUUCCUUCUACCUUUUAUCUCUCAUUUACAAUCCCAAACACCUGUCAACUCCCCACCUCCCUCCUUCUUCCUUCUGCUCCAUUAAACCUGCAAAAAAACAUAUUUUGUUAUCCAAAUAACCUAAUCGAAGCAAAAGGAGACAAGGUUAUACUUUAAAGUCGAAAUGGUGUACCUAAUGUGGCAGAUCAGACCAAAAAAUGAAGUUGUCGACGUAUCAUCCUUAUAUGCGGGUGCACCCACAUGGUUUAGUAUUAAGCUUCAUCAUGGUGGGAGGUUUACUAAGUUACUUGACAUAAAGUAUACUGGAGGUGAAGUGUGUUAUGUUGAUUAUGUGGACAUAGAUGAGUUUUCUGUACAUGAACUUGAUGCCAUAAUGCUUGACCUAGAUUACCCAGACCCACGGAUGAUUGAAUUGACUGAUGAAUCCCCAGUGAUAUACUACCAUUUCAGGAUACCGAAUGGUGACUUUCAAUUUGGUCUUAGACCUUUAGGGAAUGAUCAGGAUGUUAUCAAUCUUUCUAAAUUUAUUCAAAAUAACAAGUUGAUUGAGGUGUACACAGAACAUGGGAAGACAAAUCUACUCACAUACUUCAUGUCUCCAAAUGCAAAGGGUAAAGUUAUCAUUGAGGAAUUACCAGAAAAUGAUGAUCAAGGGGCUAAAUAUGAGGCUGAAGUUCAUGUAGAAUCUCCAUUGAGAAAUAUGAACCAUGUCAAUGAUGAGCCAAUUGGUGAGUACAUGUCUUUGAUUCUUUUUGGGAGUAAAACUGAGGCAUUCUCUCCAAAGUAUAGAAGGGGUAGAUUUGGGAAUUCAAAAAAAAAGGAAGGUUCUUGUAGCAAGAGUCUUAAUUUAGAGGAUAUUGAUGAUUUAAAAGAGAAGGAAAACACUAAUGAGGGUGUUAAGGAGGUUCAUGAGGCUGCAACUGUUGUUGAAGGAUGCUACAAUCCAUUUACUUCAAAUAUUGCUAAUGUAGGGGAUGAGAUGAUUAGGCUUUUUGAUAACCUUAUGGAAAAUUUAAUUGGAAGUGAUGAGGAUGUUGAAGAGUAUGAAGGGGAUGAUGAAUCUGAAGAGAAUGAUGAAGAGUAUAAAAAGGAUGAAGGUGAUGAUCAUGAUGGGAAACAAUCAGAAAAUGAAGAUAAAGUGGAUGACAUAAUGGAUGAGGAGAACAAUAUAGAAGAUGUUGAUGUGGACAUGGCGGACUUCUUUCUAAAUGUUGAAAGUGAUGUUGAAGGAGCAUGUAUUAAUGAUGGUCAUGAACAUGAAGAUAUGGAAGUGAUCAACAAUGAGGAGUUUGAAUCAUUGGAUGAAGGAUCAGACCAAGACAGAGAAAGAAGAGCUCUCAUAAAAAAUUUGGGAAAAGAAAAAAGGUGCAGCCUUGGGUCAAACCCCGAAUCUGACUGGUUUAUAAGGACCCUAAACCAAACUCAUACAUGCUUACAAACAAGAAAACUCAGAGCUUGUACUGCUUCUUUAAUCUGCAAGAAAAUCAUAGAUCAAGUUGAGGUAGAUCCGAAGAUUCCUUUGAGAGCCAUACAAGAUCACUUUCAAAAGACCUAUCAGGUGGGUAUUUCGAUGGAUAAGGUGUUUAGGGCAAAAGAUAUGGCACGAAAGCAUGUAACUGGGGACUACACAAAACAGUUUGAGUUGUUGAGGGACUAUGCUCUUGAACUUCAAGCUACAAACCCAAACACAACAGUCAAAAUAGAUGUGUGUCCUAAUGGCAACCCUAUAUCCCCAACAAGGCAGUUUAGAAGGAUUUAUGUAUGCUUGGGUCCACUGAAAAAAGGUUUCAAAGCAUGUCUUAAAGACUUAGUAGGUUUGGAUGGUGCCUUCAUGAAAGGCCCAUUCCCUGGUCAGGUUCUUACAGCAGUUGGUCUAGAUUCCAACAAUGGAAUUUAUCCCUUGGCCUAUGCAAUUGUUGAGUCUAAAAACACAGCUAGCUGGAAGUGGUUUUUAGAAAACCUUGGGGAUGACUUGGAGCUUGGGAGCAACUCAAACUAUACUUUCAUAAGUGACAGGCAAAAGGGAUUACAAAUUGCAGUUGGUCAAUUGUUUCCCAAUGCUGAGCAUAGGUAUUGUUUUAGACAUAUUCAUGACAAUAUGAGAAAGAAGUGGGGGCAAACUGAGUACAAGGACCAUUUAUGGAGGUGUGCAUCAGCAACCACCAUUCCUGAGUUUGAACAUUUGAUGAAAGAAUUUAGUGAGUAUGAUAAGGAGGCAUGUCAAUGGUUGAAGCAGAUUCAUCAUGUACAUUGGGCAAGGAGUCAUUUCUCAGGAAGAGUUGUUUCUGAUGUGUUGAUUUCAAACAUGUGUGAAGUGUUUAAUGGGAAGAUAAAGAAAGGCAGGGACAAACUUGUAACUUCAUGUUUAGAGUUCAUUAUGGAGUAUCUAAUGAAGAGGAUAUGCAAUUUCAUGAUGGCAAUGAAGAAGGCUAAAGGUCACUAA